AUGAACGCUUCCGGGGAUGCAGAGGGCAUCCGGAGGUGCGUCAGCUGGCUCUCAGGCCCACUCUCGCUCUUCAUCAUCCUGGCCAACCUCUUCAUCAUCCUCGGGAUCCUCUGCAACCGGAAGCUGCCCAGGGCUGCCAGUUGGUUCUUUCUCAGCCUCCUGUUUGCCGAUCUCCUGGCCGGGGUGGCCCUGCCCUUCAUCCCCAGGAUGCAGUUUGAGAAGAGCCGGGGCUACCACAGCUGCUUCUUCAUUCACGUGACCCCCAACUACUUCUUCCUCACCUUCCUGGCCAACCUGCUGGCGGUGCACUACGAGAAGUACCUGUGCGUCAGCUACCCGCUGCACUACCACCGCUUCUGGGUGCACCGCUGGGUGCCCCUCUGCCUGCUGCUGACCUGGGCACUGCCUUUGCUCUUUGCCUGCCUGCCGGUGCUGGGGUGGAACCAGUGGGGACCCAGCUCCAACUGCUCCUACAAACAGAUCUUCCCCCCUGCCUAUCUCUACCUGGAGAUCUACGGCUUCCUCAUCCCCUCCAUCCUAGCCAUGGCCUUCAUGUCCACCCAGGUGCUGCGGGUGGCCAGGCACCAGCUGCAGGAGAUCAAGAAGGUGCUGCGCUCCGGGCACCAAGGCCAGGGCCCCUCGGAGCUGGAGCAGCAACUGGAGCUGCGGCAUGCCAAGUGCAUCGCCAGCCUCUUCCUGAUCUUCCUGGUGUGCUGGGUGCCCUACGUGGCCGGCCUGCACGUCUCGGUGCUGGCCAUCCAGAACCACAUCUCCAUUGACAGAUACACCCUCCUCAUCCUCACCUGCGUGGGCAGUGGCAGCGCCGCCGUGGUACCCAUCAUCCUGGGGCUCAGCAACCGCCAGUACACCCAGUUCUGGAGGGACGUGGCGGCCAAGGGCUGCGCUGGCUGCAGGGCGCGGUGCUACGAGCGAGGGGAGGCCGGACGCCACCAGAGCAGGGCCCCUUGUCCUCAGGCAGAGGGGCUGGCUCCAGCUCCCAGCUGA